AUGCCGCUGUCAGAGGCGAAGAGGGGGCCCGAGCUGGCGCUGGUUUCGGGGACGCGGCGCAGCAGCUGCCCCGGCGGUUUCCUCGGCUGGGGCGCAGACAGGCCUCGGCCCGCCGAGCCGCGAGGGGAGCGCUGGCCGGAGGGCGAGGUGAAAUCCAGUAGAGGAGACUUCGUAUUUUCUGCUGAUCGUCUGAUCAGACUUGUGGUUGAAGAGGGACUGAAUCAACUGCCAUACACAGAAUGUACCGUCACCACUCCAACAGGGCACAAGUAUGAAGGAGUGAGAUUUGAAAAGGGAAACUGCGGAGUCAGCAUAAUGAGAAGCGGCGAGGCAAUGGAACAAGGUUUACGAGACUGCUGUAGAUCAAUCCGCAUAGGAAAAAUCCUGAUACAGAGCGACGAGGAGACUCAAAGAGCGAAAGUGUACUAUGCUAAGUUUCCACCAGACAUUUACAGGAGAAAGGUUCUUCUUAUGUACCCAAUACUAAGUACUGGUAAUACUGUCAUUGAGGCUGUCAAAGUUCUUGUAGAACAUGGCGUACAACCAAGUGUCAUUAUCCUGCUAAGCCUAUUCUCCACACCGCACGGUGCCAAAUCAAUCAUCCAGGAAUUCCCAGAGAUCACCAUUUUAACUACAGAAGUUCAUCCUGUUGCACCAACACACUUUGGACAGAAGUAUUUUGGAACAGACUGACGCACUUGGAACAAACGGAUAUGACUACAUGAGGUUUUUUUCUACAUUUUAUUAUUGUUGAGUUGGUUGAGGGCAUGUUUAAAAAUCUUUUUGGCCAAAGGGGGAAAUUCUUGACUUAGAUUAGAUCUGGUCAGUUACUGCCUGAACACCAAAUUGGGUACAGUAACAAAGCAGUCUGUCAUUAUAAAGUCAAGCAUCUCAACGUUGGGGUUGUAAAAACUGCUACACUCUCUGCUUAAGUUAACUUAUUUAUUCUUCUAUAGCCUGUCUUGUGGCUGCUUGCAAGAGCGAAAUAAAACAACUAAAU